AUGUUCUCGAUGGACUCGUUCGACUUUGAGGCGGUUAUGAGCCGCCAUCUGUUCGAGGGACCGUCGGUGCAUCAGCACCAAGGGCAGCAACCGUUGCAUCAUCUGCAGCAUCACUCCUGCCAGCAGCAACACCAGCAGCAGCAGCAUCAGCAGCAGCAGCAGCAACAUCACCAGCAUUCGCACAUGGACGGUGGGACGGGUGAUCAUCAUCUGACACAUAACAAUCAUCGUCAUCAGCAUGACUUCCAGCCGGAGGCACACUCGCACGAUCAGCAACAGCAUCAUCUGCAUCAAGCGAACAAUGUCGAUUCGACCACGUCGAACAGUUCGGACUUUUUCCUUGCCGAUGAUGAAAACACCACCGACAGUGAUUCGUACUGUGGGUUCAACAGCGACCAGGAGAAUAAUGAUUCCAUGAAAGAAAUCUACAGCAACCGGGCGUCCAAGUACCGACGGCCAAAGUGCGCCUCCCAGCAAGCCCAACAACGACAGGCGGCCAACCUGCGCGAACGGCGCCGUAUGCAGAGCAUCAACGAAGCGUUCGAAGGUUUACGGACACACAUUCCCACCCUGCCGUACGAGAAGCGCCUGAGCAAGGUGGACACCCUGAAGCUGGCCAUCAGCUACAUAUCCUUCUUGGGUGAAAUGUUGCGAAAGGACAAAAAUGGCAACGAAACCGGUACGAACGGCAUCAAGCGGGCGCCGGUAAAGGAACCACCGAAGAAGUUUAUCGUACGUGGUGGCAGCGGCCAGACGCACUCCCUUUCCUGGCACCGGAAGGGCGAUCGGAACGCAAACGGGCGCUACUUUGCACGCAUUUGGCGCCCGGAGGAUCCUCGCAGCAACCAUCGCAAUAUCGCGGCCGGCCCGUCGACGUACGCAACGAACGGAAUCUGUUAG